UUAUAGCGGACAUUUUUUCGAGUGAAAAUACCUAAUAGUUUCAUCAGUAAUCUGAGGCAAAUUUUUUGUUCUUACGGUUGCUCGUAACAACCAUGCCGACAAUUAAAGUAACUCCUUUAGGAGCUGGCCAGGAUGUUGGUCGCAGUUGCUUGCUGUUAUCAAUGGGUGGUAAAAAUAUUAUGCUUGAUUGUGGUAUGCACAUGGGCUACAACGAUGAACGACGUUUCCCUGAUUUUUCAUAUAUUGUGCCAGAGGGUCCUAUAACAAGCCAUAUUGAUUGUGUCAUUAUUUCACAUUUUCAUUUGGAUCAUUGUGGUGCCUUACCGUACAUGUCCGAGAUGAUAGGUUAUUCGGGACCAAUUUACAUGACCCAUCCGACUAAAGCCAUCGCGCCAAUUUUAUUGGAAGAUAUGCGUAAGGUUGCUGUUGAGCGUAAAGGAGAAUCAAAUUUUUUUACCACUCAAAUGAUUAAGGAUUGCAUGAAGAAGGUUACAGCAGUCACAUUGCACCAAAGUGUAAUGGUGGACAAUGAACUGGAGAUUAAGGCCUACUAUGCAGGUCACGUGUUAGGCGCCGCUAUGUUUUGGCUGCGCGUGGGAUCACAAUCAGUUGUCUAUACUGGCGAUUACAAUAUGACACCUGAUCGUCACUUAGGUGCGGCAUGGAUUGACAAGUGCCGACCCGAUUUGCUAAUUUCGGAAAGUACAUAUGCAACAACUAUACGCGAUUCCAAGCGGUGCCGAGAACGUGAUUUCCUGAAGAAAGUACAUGAAUGUGUAGCAAGAGGAGGAAAAGUUCUUAUUCCAGUAUUUGCGUUGGGUCGUGCUCAAGAGCUAUGUAUUCUAUUGGAAACAUAUUGGGAGCGUAUGAACUUGAAAUUUCCUAUUUAUUUUGCCGUGGGCCUAACGGAGAAAGCAAAUACCUAUUAUAAAAUGUUUAUCACUUGGACAAAUCAAAAGAUACGUAAAACAUUCGUACAGCGUAAUAUGUUUGACUUCAAGCAUAUUAAACCAUUCGAUAAGGCCUACAUUGACAACCCUGGUGCAAUGGUUGUUUUUGCUACACCAGGAAUGUUGCACGCUGGCUUAUCGCUGCAGAUUUUUAAGAAAUGGGCACCGAAUGAAAAUAACAUGGUCAUCAUGCCAGGUUAUUGCGUACAAGGUACAGUGGGAAAUAAAAUUCUUGGAGGUGCGAAAAAGGUGGAAUUCGAAAAUCGACAAGUAGUUGAGGUAAAAAUGUCGGUCGAAUAUCUAAGCUUCUCUGCACAUGCUGAUGCAAAAGGUAUUAUGCAGCUAAUACAAAACUGCGAACCAAAGAAUGUUAUGCUAGUACAUGGUGAAGCUGAGAAGAUGCAAUUUUUACGAAGUAAAAUAAUGGAGGAGUUUAAUACUGAGACAUAUAUGCCUGCAAAUGGAGAGACUUGUGUCAUUUCAACUCCAGUAAAAAUUCCAGUUGAUGCCUCUGUCUCAUUGCUCAAAGCAGAGGCUCGCGCCUACAAUGCCCAACCACCAGAUCCAAAGCGUAGACGACUCAUUCACGGAAUACUUGUAAUGAAAGACAAUCGCAUAAUGCUGCAGAAUUUGACAGAAACCUUGAAGGAGUUCGGCAUUAAUCGGCACGUAAUGCGCUUCACUUCAAAGGUAAAAAUGGAUGAUCCAGGUCCACGCUUGCGCACCUGCGAAAAGCUUUUUGCUCUGCUACAGGAUAAAUUGGUUGGCUGGACAGUAAGCAUGCAGGAGAAUUGUACCAUAUGUGUAGAAACAGUAGAGAUCAAAAUUGAGGAAGAUGAAAAGGAUCCAAAGCACAAAACUCUACUUUUAUCGUGGACUAAUCAGGAUGAAGAUAUUGGCGCUUACAUAUUAAAUCUACUUCAGAAUAUGUGUUGAUAUGAACGUUUCCCGAAUUUCCAGCUAUUACUUCUUAAUACAUAUUAACUUUGUUAUUACUAAGCAAUACAAAGUUGAUAAUAAAAUAUAUUUUUAUUGUACGAAAA